UGAAACUGGUAAACAAAACAGCAGUGAUUCUCCAGGGACUGGGACUAGAGAGACGCAAUAUCCCACGCGAUGUGGUCUGUGAUGGGGCCGGCAACAGAUAAUCAGGCACAGGCGUAUCAGCGGGUUGCAGCACCGUUGUUUCCUAGGCAGCUGUGUCGAGCAGCUCGACUCCCACCUGGCCACCCACACCAAAACCACAACCAGGGGGAUGCCGUCUGUGGAGCCGGAAUAUGGAACCUCGCAACAACUGGGCCACAAAGCAGUACGAGCAGUGGAAUUCGCUGGCACGAUGCUGUGCUCCCGUUGCUUGGAAGCCAUUCACGGAACCGCCCAGCCUCGCAGCCAAUCGCGAUAGCCCACGCGCGCCGGCUCCAUUGGGCCACGUAUGACCGGCCGGUUCGUCUCUCUGUCUCAGGAACGCCAUCACGGGGGGCACUGUGGAGGUUGCCUGUUCCUUGACGAGAUGUAUGCUAGCUAUUCAAAGCAUUGAUACCCGGUCUCACUCCCAGAUGUCUGCAGUCUGGCCUGCAUACCGCGGCCCGUCGGCCCACUCGACCUUGCAGCGUCAUUCCCUCGGUUCGUUGUCUUGCAUAUCGUUGCUGCUAGCUUUAGCCUCGAUUUUGCAUGCCCUGUCAUCUUGGGUGGUUUCCCAGCCCUAGUAUAAUUAUCAGCAUUGCUCGGUGUUGUUUUGCUUUUUUUCUCAUAUCAAGUCCAUCAUCCAUCACCUUCCUCCACCCAGUCGACUUACCUUCCAACACCCUUCAAGUCCAAACUUCAUUAGAUUCCCCACCCCUUCCCCCGAACUUGCGGGCCCCGCUCACCCCUUGACAGAAAUGGGCGCCUGCUUUAGUAAGAAGGAUGAGGAGGAGGAUCUGGCACCAAUGGUGUCUCGCACCAGCAUCACACAUGAUCACAUCUACUACACCGCACCCGCCUUCGAGCGUGUGAGCUACAUCUCUCACGUGGAGCGGGACAUGAUCCGCAACGUCGGGAACAGCGUUUUGCAAGCCUACUUCGUCGCCGAGGACGUCCUGGAAAUAGGCGGCAACCACUGGAGCAUCUAUCUGGAGACCACUGGGACCGGUGGCCCGGCCGAUGAUGAACAUUUAGACCAAGACGGCAAGGAAGAUCACCACCGGCGGUCGGUCCGCCUGAGCCUGAGUCCCUCUGCCUACCCGGGCCGCAACGGACCACUGGCUCGGCUCCAGGUCCAGGCCUGCCCGGGGUCUCAACGCCGCCUCCAGGGCCAGCACGAGGUGGCUCUGCCGCCGCUCCCGGGCCACGUCCCCGCCGCGCGCUUCAUCGACGCGCUCGCCGACGCGGAGCGGCCAAACUUCGAGUUCACGAGGGCCGGCCGCGGUGGCAGGGGCUGGGUCCUGGACGCGGCCGCGCUGUUCCUGCGCUCCGGCCUGCUCGUCGACCCGGACGGCCACCGCCAGGCCGAGCUCGCGCGCGCCAUCGUAGGCGCCACGUGGGGCGGCGACGAGGGCGCGCCGACGCCGGCGCCGCCGCUGCGCAGGGGCACGUACUACCGCGUCACCAGCGUCGGGGUCGGCUCGCGCGAGCGGCCCUGGGACGAGAGGGGGCCCGACGAGGUCGUGUACUGGAAGGGCGGCGAGCUGAUCAGGGAGGCUAGGUACCACCAAUCGGGUCCCUGAGAAAUCGAAUUUGUUCCGUUUCCCUUUGCAGUCGUAGCGAAAAUGG